AUGAUAACCAAUGUGGUUAACUUGUUUGCCCAAGUGUUUUUCACCAUCAUGUAUUCCGACUUAGAAUGUGACUAUAUCAAUCCUAUUGAGUUGUGUAACAAGCUCAAUCCUUGGUUUAUUCCUGAGGCUGGUUUACAUGGAUUUUUAACUCUUUUGUUCCUUGUGAACGGAUACUGGUUCACCUUCUUGUUGAAUGCUCCAUUGUUGGCACACAACGUCAACAAAAUCGUCAACAAGAACCACAUGUUAGAUGCCACCGAGAUUUUCAGAACCUUGUCAAAGCAUAAGAAGGAGUCCUUCCUCAGGUUGGGUUUCCACUUGUUAGUAUUCUUCUUCUACUUGUACAGAAUGAUCGUUGCUUUGGUCGCCGAGGACAGUUAG